AGAGUGCGUUCCCCUACAUGAAGCAGAAGACGUUCUGCAAGAGCAUCGAAAUUGAUUUCAGAACUUGAAGUACAAGCUAUUUCCAUGCUCUGAGUGCCCAACCAUGGCAAGUAAAGUUUCUGGUGAAGGAGAUGGUCAGGAUACUGCAAGGUUUGAGAUUAUCCAGAUUUCUCCAGGAAAGAUUAAAUAUAUGAACCCAAAGUUCAGCAAAAUACAAGCAAAGAUGUAUGAUUACAAAUGUGACAUAAAACUAAAGGUGGGCAAUGCCAGUUUCAAGGCACACAGAGAUGUUUUAGCUGAAGCCAGUGACUAUUUCUCAGCAAUGUUCUCACAUGACAUGUUGGAGAAAGAGAAAGAUGUCAUAGAGCUCCAUGAGAUAAGCCCAGGUGGAUUCACUGUCAUUCUGGACUACUUCUACCAUGGCCAUGUCACCAUUGAUCAGCUCAACAUUGAAGAUGUGUUAGAGGCAGCACGUUUUUUCCACGUGGAGUUUCUAGUUGAUGCAUGCUGCGACUAUCUGGUCCACCAGCUGGGAAUGGAGAAUUACCAAAAUGUUCUUGUGCUAGCAGACAAGUACUGGCUAGGUGACCUGCGUUCAGAAAUUUUUGGCUUUUUGGGAAACAAUAUAAUACAGCUGUCUGAGGAGAAUAAUUUCUUUGAAAACCUUGAUGGAGACCUGCUUGUGCAGCUUGUGAAGGAUGACUUUUACAUUGAUGCCCAUGAGGACUUCAUUCUUUUCCUUGUACAGAAGUGGGUGAACACCAAGCCAGAAGAGCGCAGCGAGUUACUGUUGCCCCUCCUGCGCUUGAUACGUUUCCCUCUUCUAGAUCUAGAAACGCUUGAGACUCUACAUUCAUCUUUCUCUCAAUUUCCAGAGAUUCAGGAUGCAGUGGAAGAAGCUAAGCAUUACAACUACAAUGUUUCUAGUCAGUGUCUUAGGCAAGGAAUACAAUUUUCAGCCCGAGGGGCUGCUCCCCAUGUCGUCAUGUUUUCUUUUGUUGAGGGUCGCUACAUACUUACGUACAAAAGUCUAACAUCAUCUGGCAUUUGCACAGAGGAAUUAGGUGGGAAUGAUGUAGUCAUGGAACAUGACCUUGGCUCAUCAAGCUCCAUAGCCAUAGGAGACUUUUUCUUCUGUGCUGGUGGGUAUGAUGUCAGGCUGUGCAGCAGCAACAGGAUGUUUCGCUUUAGUUCUCGCACUCGUGAGUGGACAGAGCUAGCAUCAAUGGCUCAGCCUCGUGUGUCUCAUGCUUCUUGCUGCUCACGAGAUAGAAUUUUCGUGCUGGGAGGAGUUGAUCACCAGCUCGUGGACAACAAUGAGUUUGAAAGUAUUCUUGCUUCUGUUGAGAUGUAUGAUAUUGCUGACAACAGCUGGAUACCUCUGCCCGACCUCCUUUUUGGCUCAUAUGACCAUGCUGCAGCAUUUCACGACAAUGAGUUGUAUAUGACAGGUGGAAUCAGCGCAGAUCCAUCAGAACCUAUCCCUACAGGUACAUCUUUCAAGCUGAGCCUUGGUACUGAGUCCUGGGAGCCCAUCGCAGGUAUGCUUCACCCACGACAAGGUCACAGCAUAACUGCCCACAACAACCGUUUGUACGUCUGUGGCGGUUAUACUUGUCAGCCUGUUUCAAAUGUCGGGUUCACUGACUGUACAAAUAAUGAAAUGUAUGACAUUGAAACCAAUCAGUGGACAGAGAUCACGCCAACACCCCCUUCUUUUGGUCACAUCCUACGUUCAGUUGCAUUGUAUGAAGAUGAGAUUUAUUUUGUUGGUGGGGGGCAUCUGGGCAGCUAUGAUAUAGAAAAAGACAAAUUUAAGUGCAAGGAAUAUUUUGGACUUUUUAUUCAAAAGGUUGCUGUUAUGAAUGUUGCAUAUCCAUCGAAGGAAUAAGAAAGUACAUCAAAUGCUCGGCGUGCAAGCCUUGCACUUAUAGUAUCGAUGAAUAGUAUUAACAGCAUUGACUACUCAUCCUGCUUGUUGCAAAAAUAGAUUAGCUUUUUUUUUUUUGUUUUGGCAGUAGGAAAUGUUUAUUGCUUAAGAAUCUUGGAAAGGGCUUAAGGGUUUGUAUUUUUUAUCUUUGUAUAUGUCAUUCUUAUUUGCUUGCAUUUUCUUCUUUUUUGGGGGAAAGGAAACUCUCAUACCCUUUCUCACUGAACCCUCUCAGAGUAUUUUACUAAACUAUACUGACAGAGUGGAGUAAAACUUUUAAAUCAUAUUUUUUCAUUCACUCUGUCACAGCCAGAAGGAUGAUGGUGAAGAGCAUGUGCAGAGCAAUCAAUGGUAGUAUGUAACUUAAUAAUAUAGAGAACCUGGCUUUGGUUUUUGUUUAAUUUGUAACCCUCAUUCAGCGGUUACAGAGUAUAGCUGAAGUAAGGCAUUUCUUGUGACUUCCUUUUGUUGUGUAAUAUAUUUUUCAUCUGAUGCAGAGUCUUUUCUCUGUCUGAAUUGAUGAUGUUAAUGUGAAGCUAAGAAAAUGUCAGUUUUUCGUCUUGGUGUCCUACACUAAACAUUCUUACACAGGACCACACUCAGUCAUCAUAAGCAACUGAUCUGGUAAAAUAUAUUUCAGUACAUGUAACAAUCUUUCACUUUGUGGAAAAAUCCAGAACUGUAUAAAUGUUUGCUGUUUACAAUCUGCAUAUUUUUUGGCACAAAUUAUUUCUCUACUUUAUUGAAUUUUUUUGGUGACAGAUUGACUGUUGCACACUAUAUAUAUUUUUUUUCUUUCUGGGUGUUAUAGUAUGCAAGUAAUUGAUUACUGUUUAGGUUGCACACUUUAAGAGUGCAGAUCCAACACACGUAAAACCAGAAUCAUUUUUGUUAAUGGUACAAAAUUCUUAGAGAACUUGCUAAUAUGAAUGCUAUUUUUCUGCUGGUGUUGUCAUGCCAUUUCACACCAUGCUUAAUUGACAAAGAGAGCCUUUUGUCAAUACUUUAAAUUGUUCUUCAGGGUGGUAUUUGGAGUAACCAGCCAGUGUCGUCCAUUUCAGUUUAUCUAGGUGGCAAAUGUAUUCAGUUUUAUUUUGUCACUUUUGAUCACUGAGCUUUCUGCAUUUGUUUCAUGUAAGUACUUGAAAGUUUUCUAUGGGAGAGUGAGUUGAAGGCAGAUUCUCAUUAGAAAAAAGGUUGUUUGCAGUAUUGUCAUUAGAUCCAAAGGGCUUGGUAAAAGAUUAAAGAAUAAAGCUUUCCUAUCAGUCCCUGACUUAAUUAAAUACUUUACUUAGCCCUCUUUGUACCUGACUGGUACAUAAUGCAUUCACUAGAGACCUCCAUUUUUGUCUGCCAGCAGUUACUUUAGCUAUGUUCUGCCAGGUCAUUUGCUGAUCCUUUAGCUCUCUCUCUCUCUACUGACCUUCACCAUGUUCCUUUUGGCUGACCACAUUUCCUCUUGCCAUCAACUGUCUAAUGAAGGUAUUCGGGGUGGUUUCUGCACAUGCCCUUGCCAUCUUCAUUUUGGAUUGUGUUUGUCAUUUUUGUACAGCUGGCUCUUGUAAGGAUUUCUUCAUUAGAAACUGUGUUUGGCCAAAAUAUUUUGAAAAUUUAUUGAAACAUUUGGUCUGGAAAGUCUCUAGUUUGACUAAGUUAAUGACAAGAUACUAAUUUCCCAGAUUUGAGGAAUGACACUGCUUAUGAGAUGUAAGUAUUCACAUAUUCUCAUCCAUGAAUAGAAGGAGAGCUCAGCUUUAUGUUAUCAUAAACAUAGAUAAGCCUACACCAUCAAAACCAUAUCCAUUAGAAUAGAUCAAAACAGUGUUUGCAUCAGUGUAUUGCAGAAGAGAAAAAGUCUAAAAAUGUGUUUCAUCAAAAUUGGCAUUUUACAAGCAGAUUUUACAAAGCUGUUUUUCCAGAGGCUCUUGCUAUAAGUAGUCCACAGGAUUGUUGUAAACCAUGUGAUUGUCAGUAAUUUGUCAGAUAUAAAAAAGUGCAAGAGGGCUUGAUGCUGAAGGUGCUAAAAAUAUCCCAGAAAAUAUACACAUCAAAUUCAUUGCUCAUCUUAAUUCUCACAAAAAAUAUCUUGAAGUUCUAUUUUGUUUUAUACUCCUUCCCCCUCCCCUCCACACACCUACACACUCACCCACCAGAAGUCUUCUUGUUUAAGUCUUUGAGCUGUUAGCACAUACAUUGUGCUGUAGUUGUUGUAUUUUGAUACAAGUGGGUUGUCAGAAUGUUUUGAUACAUGUGGCAGAGGAGAGAGAAUAGAGAUUUUAUGUUGAUGUGCCUUUGUCAACAAAUGAGCGGAAAUGCUGUUAAUGUCUUUCAAAUUUACAUUUAUUCUUUAUACUUUCUGCAACAAAUUCCAUGUGUGAUAAUGCUGAAAAGGGAUUGAAGAGUACACUUUUAAUAUUUAGACAUUUCUGUAGUAGGGUGACCUACUGACAACCGGGCUGCUGGUUGUCUAUGACUCGUAAUCUGUCUUCGUCUGAAGAUGUUUCUACUCGCUCUUGUUAGCGAUACUCAAUCUUCAGCUAAUCCUUUUCUUCCUCCCCCAAAUGCUCCUUUUUGAUCGUUAUCACAAAACCCCCAGGUCUUUUCUUCUUGCAUCAUUUUAAGACGCAACCGAGACGCAUCAGAAUUUCAUUAUACUUGGGCGUGCUGCCCCUGCAAUUGCACCUAAUAUAUACACCCCACCCCAAUAAAGAAAUGUCGUCAAAGGCAUUUAACCCCAUGCUCUAAGCCUGAUGAAAAGUAAAAAAAAAAACACACAAAAAAAUAAACGAUAUACCUGCUACCCUAUAACAUCAUAUACAUACAAAUAAAACUACACUGAAUCAUGAAAACAAGAUAAAAAAAACCCCACCAUGUAUAGACAUGUGACGAGAGUUUGUAACACUGAACGUUUAGUCCUUCUCUAACAUGCAGGCUUUGAUGGCUGCUACAGGCCAGUCCAACACAUAGUCCAUAUUCAUUAGUUCCCUAAACACAUCUUGUAGUCUGCCUACAACUGUCUCCACUGCUCCUGCGGAUGCAGGUGAAGGUAUUGUCUGCUGCUGGCUUAACACGUACUCCCCAGAGCGUUGCCAGGCCAGUGCAGUUCUAGACCAGCCCCCAGUUCUUGGCCUGGGUAGUGGGCGGCGCCCUGGCUGGUCCGGCUCCUGCUCCUCAUUCCCACUCUCUGCAUCUGGUAUCUCUUGCUCCUCUUCCUGCGUAGCCACAUCAAGGGUGUCAUGAUCGUCAAAUGCAUGAGCAGCUUGUACAUCACGGAUGCUGCCCUGUGCUGCGUCGCUGCUACCAACAUCACUUGUUGCUAUGGCAGUGGUUCUUAACCUUUUUUGAGGUACCGAACCCACAAGUUUCAUAUGCACGUUCACCAAACCCUUCUUUAGUUUCAUAUGCACAUUCACCGAAUCCUUCUUUAGUGUCAUCACGAAUUGCGGGUGUGUCUUGACCUCUGUGGCGGAGGCUCCGCCGAACCCCUGAGACUGACCCACCGAACCCCUAGGGUUCGAUCGAACCCAGGUUAAGAACCACUGUGCUAUGGGAACGGCCAACAUUUCGUCUUCAGACUCGCUGGUCUUAACCUCAGACCCACUGGCCUCACUUCUGCCUGCUGUGUUCAUGCGGUGACGUUUUCCCUGGUCGUGUUUCUUGGCCUGAGGUAUUGUAGGCUGUUGCCUUUCAUGAUCCAUGAGAGCGUGGCCUAAUGGUAAGAGGACAUUUUUGUGUAAUGUAUGCUCCCAGCCACUGCCAUCCUCGCGUUUCACCACAAACACUGGUAUGUCCGUGUUGGGUUUCCUAAGGACCGCAGACACCUCUUGCUCCCACUUGUCUGCAAGUUUAUGUUUCCCAUCGAACGCCAGCCUUUUGACGAGCAUUCUGUCGCCAACUUCAAGGGUGGCCCCAUGGGUGUUGCUGUCAUAAGCCUUUUUUUGUUUUCUUCGGCUUUCCUCCGCGACUAUGGUUGCGAGCGCAAAUGAAUCGCGUAGCUUCUCUCUCAGAGUCCAUGUACUUUGUCAGGGGCUGAGGCAUACUCCUUUCCCCAAGCCCAAAUUCAAUGUCCACUGGCAGCUGGGGGUCUCUCCCAAACAUUACUGAAUAGGGGGAGAAUCCAGUGGAUUCGUGCCUGGUGCAGUUAUAUGCAUGCACGAGUGGUGCAACAUAUUUCGCCAGUCUUGCUUUUGAUGUGGCUCCAAAUUCGCACCUAAUAUAUUUCUUUCACAGAAUGUUUUCUCUUGGAUUGUUUUAGUUAUUGUUUGCUAAUUCAAGGAUAUCUUUGUCCAGCAAACAUUUACUUGGAUAGAAAACAUAUGCGUGAUAAUAUUACACACUAAAAUCAAAUCAAAUGAUGUUGAAAAUACAUAAUAGCAGCUGGUUGAAUGGAUAGUUCAAAUAAUUUUAAAACUAGUAAUGUUAUAAAGUUAUUAUUACCAAGCAUCAGUGAUAUUUAACAUGCAAUUUACAUUAACAGUGAGGCCAGAUUUUGGUUGGGACUAUGAACAAGCAGUGACAAAAGCUUUUUUUUUUUUGUCUUGCUUCUCUGCUAGGGUGUUUUGCUAAAUACUGCACACGUUUUACUUUAUAUCGAUUUUAAUCUGUGUUUAAUGUCAAGAAAUUAAAACCCUCAUUUUUCCUUCGUAAGAUUUCAUGAGUCUGUAUUUAUGUUUUUUUUUUCAAACUAUCUGUAUUUUUAAAGAUCUGAACUGUAGAACACUGUUAGAUAUGUAUUGAUCAAAAUGAAUUUUAAAAAUAUGUUUUGAAUGCAUGAAACUUUUUACAUUUUGGCGAUUUUGAUGUGCACAAAUCUGGCACCAGGUAUGCCAACAUUUAUGUAAUAUUUUUUUAGCACAUGGUAACAUUUUCUACCUUAACAAGAAAAUGAUUAGUGACAAAGCUUUGAAGAGUAUGACAGGAAAUUAAUAUACAAAAUGUUGCUUGUUGGUACAUUCCAUAGACAGUUUGAUUUUAAAGUAUGCAUUUGACUGUCCACUGUUUCAUUGAGGCAUUAUAAAACCUAUUUUGCAUCUCAUCAAUGUUUUAAAAUCUUACAGUUGAGCAGUUACUCUUGCAAUGAUUUUUGCAGUCUAAUGAGUCUGAUAUGAUAAGUCUGCUAUUUAAUCAUUCCUCAUUAAAGUUAUGCAAAAUAAAUUUACAGUGCACAAAGGCACUUGUUGUCAGUACAGUUACAGAAGGCUAUCCUGGUUCAGAGCUGAUCUCAUCCACAUUAAAUUGUUCUUUCUCUGCUUAUAUGCAUAUGAACUGUGCCAGCUUCUUUGCUGAGAUAUAGACUUAAUUGCUGGCUCUGUGUACAUCACUUGUUCCCUCCCCACCCACUCCCCAAACAGUAUGUUGCAUUAAAAAAAAAAAGAUUCUAAUGAACCUUUAUUGCAGUUAUUUGACAUUUUUUUAUUUCUGUUUUUUUCUGGCACCACUUAUACCAAUGGCGCCCAACCUUUUCUCGCCCGAGGGUCGUACUCAACAUGGUAUUAAAUUUUGCGGGCCAGAACAUGGCAGUUUUGCCAACAUUAAAAAUGAAAUUAUGCAGCGAUGUACCAAAAUGUAAGAUUUGAGCGGGCUGGAUGAGGCACUUUCACGGGCUGGAUGUGGCCCACGGGCUGUAGGCUGGGCACACCUGACUUGUACCCUUUUCAAAUUUUAAUUCUCUGAAAUCCAUAUAAAUGUACUUUCUAUGUGUGUGUGUGUGACACUCAUGGGAGAGAGAAAGAUAGAAGUUAGGAAGAAUGUGGGAGUCCUGGAGCAACUGAUAAUUCUAGAACUAUCCUUUAAAGAAGGCUGCCUCAGUGUAUUUCAGUAUCCUCCCCACUACUGUUCUAUUUAUCGCGCUGGAUGCUAUCAUAGACUCCAAUGAUGUGAUAAGCUGCUUUAUGUUACACAAGAUCUUCCAUCAAAUAAAUGACUUUUUCUUCCACUUCUCACAGUUGCUUACAUUCAGCUUAUCAAUCAUUGCUUUUUUUUUUUUGGCUGUCAAAGUCAGUGAAAUGAAGUGCUUUGCCUUAUUUCCGAAAUAUAGUGGAUAUAAUUUACCAUAUCCUUUGAUGUUUUAAGGAGACUUUCAGUAAUGUUAGCAAGUAGCCUUUCAGUAAUGUUUGUAAGUAGCUUAAUAAAGGAAGGCUUUAUAUAGCUAAAAUAACUCAUCUUGUGAAGUCAAAAAUGGAACUUCUGUUUAUUUGUCUUUAUUUAUGAGAAAAGAUUUUUCUGCUUGGUCAUGACCAUUGAGAAAUUAUAUGGCAAAACCGCUGUAGAGUAUACACAUUUACUGCAGGAGUGAAUCAUGAAAGCACAAAUUCAUUUCAGGAUUCUAUACACUUCAAAUUAUAUUUUGAAAUUAUUUCUUUAUCUAUAUGCUGAUUGCAAUAUUUGAGUUUAAAUAGCAAGAAGCAACAAUAGCCUGUUAUUCUGAAACUAUGUCUAUUUAAAAAAAAAAACAUGGCACGUUCAUCUUCCACUUGCAGAUUAAGUUAAUUAACUCCACAGUGUAUACUCAUUAUGAUUUCUAUUUUUACUGAAUUCCAUGUUUGUUUCCUUUUUUUUUAAUAAGCAAAACAUCUUUACAAUUAAAUUUUAUACUAUAUAUUUCCAGAUAUCCUUUUUACAAAUUUGUGAUCUUAUAAAUGAAAUAAAUGAACACACUCAUAAAGGAUGUGAUGCUUGAACACAUUUCAGACUUAUUUAAGUGUAUUGUGGCAUCUCUUGAUUUAAAGGGACAGUUCAGGUAAAAAUCAUACAAAAGUCUUUAGGGUUUUGAAUUUUCAAUACAGAAAAAUUAAUCGAAAUUCCUUAUCUUGAUUUGUAUUUUUGUAUCACGACCACCUAAUACUGCAAACCUGGGAAUAGUGAGAUAUAGCUUGCUGUAAGGUUCAACAACAUGAAUUCUGGAAUUCUUCAGCUUCUAAUGUAAAUGCAAUAAGCAUUAAAUGCGAUAUCACCAUUUUUAACUGUUGCUGCAAUAAAUCUCUAAAAACAUUUGCAUGUAUAACUUUUAAACUCAGAAUUUUGUAUGUGUUUUUUCAAAACGUAUGCUUUGCAGCAGUGAUUGAAAAGAAAAUAUACUGCACAAAUGAAUUUUUCCCAGUGUAUGUGAAAUUCACCUCUAUGUACAAUAAGGGAGACCGUAAAAGUCUGCAUGCUGUGGAUAAGCGACUGACCUACUCCCCAUUCCUUGUUGACUAUGGAUACAACACCUAUUUAGUAACAGUUGUAGCAUGCAUAAAAUUUGUUUCAUUUUACAACACAAUAACAGAUAAACUGCAUUUAUAUCACUUACCAUAUUUAUACUAAAGUGUUUUAUUGCAGUUUAAAUUUGUCCUUUUAGGUCACUAGAAUAAUUUUAUUUGGGGAAAAAAACUAGUGCACUCUAUCGCCAUGAUGUAGCCUUAGUAGCUGGCACAACGUUAAAACACAACCAACCAACCAGCCUAGUACAUUCAAAUGUUUUGUCUGCUUUAGUGUAUUUGCAUGCCUAGUUCCAAGCAUUUCUGUCAAAUGUUGGGGAGGCAAAAUUUAAACAUCAUCAUCUGAAACCAAAGAUGCACAUGCUGGUUUGAUACCCGUGUGAUAAGACAUCUUUCUCCUUCUUGACCCAGAUGUGAAGAGGGUAUCUGGCUCCUUAGCAGGUUGGGCAGUGAGGGAAAGAUAGGCAUACCCCUACAGAAACUACCCCCAAGAUAAGUGAGGGAUUUUAUAUUCCUCCCCUAUGACUGUACAAUUGUAGGAAUAAUAUAACCUUUAGCUUUUUCUAUUUUGACCAUUUCUGCAAUGACGCAGAAGACAGCUAAAAAUGAGCUAAACUGUCCCCUUAAUCUUGCAGCGUAACAGAUUUUCAAACACUGCAUAGAAAAUAUACAUAUGGGUUGCUGUUAUCCUAGUGGAAAGAAGUGCUUAAGUAUCAUUUUCGCUAGAUUUAGUUCAUUUUGCAGGUUUAAUCUUGUACAAAAUUGCAUCUGGGAGACACCAUUGUGUUGUUAGUUUUCUUGACUUGAGUGUAGAUGGUCAUGGGUCUUCAGUCCUCAGGCAUGUGAUUCAAAAACAGCCUCAGAUCUUACAGCAGAUCGUAUAGAUUUUUUGGCAAAAAUAAACGAGAUGGUUGGACAAUGGCAUUCCAUGCGGACCACAUACAAUUUACUGUCCAUGUCUGCUUGGUUAUGGGAAUUUUUAUGUUUGAACCAAGUAAUAUAUUCUGCUGGAUAUGUUUUUUUUUAUGUCAUCACAAUGUUAAGAACGUUCAAUAAAGGUACCAAUAAAACAAG